AUGGAGUCUGCAUCUGAGGAUUUCGACAGCCGGAUCUCUUGGCAGGAUCCCAAUGGCAGAGAGUCACCCGCACACUGCCAGAGGGUUUGUACUUGGAAUCCCGGCUGUAAUGGCUUUGCUUGGAGCAGCUGGGGAUGCUUCUUGAAGCGGCAUGACCUCGUAAAGAAGCCGCAGGCCGGUGUCUAUGCAGGGUUCCCUUGCAAAGCAGAGGAGCAGCCAUACGCAUGGCCUCAUCAAGAAGUUGAGAAGCACACAAUGCCACAACCCAAGGCAUUGCAAGUGGCCCCGGCUAUGUCCAUGUACUGCACCAUGGUGAUUUUGCCGUACUCCUACGAGAUUGACUUGGCCUUGAUGCAAUACCAGAACUACUACAGCAUCUUUCAAUGUGAUCUUUGGGGUGUGUACAGCAGCCAGCGCUUGGAUCUGGCCCCUGGGCUGGUGACGCGGAUCAUGAACACGUCGCAGGUCGCAGAGAAAGGCGGUCAGUGGGGCACCGCCCUGAACACCGAGCCGUUCCUUGCGUUUUGGAAGGCAGUGAUUCAAGACGGCGACUACUUGAAGGCCCGAUGGUUCAUCAAAGUCGAUCCAGACACCGUGUGGUUUCCAGCUCGGCUCAUCCCGAUUCUGCAGCAACAAGAGGCGCAGAACCUGACCCAGGAGCCUGGAGUCUAUCUCAACAACUGUCCCCAGGGCCUGCACGGACCCAUUGAGGUGCUGUCACAGGCAGCACUGAGUACCUUUGCAAGGAUUGCCAUCCACUGCUAUUGGUCAAUGAACGACUGGGGGAAUUGGCAAUGGGGAGAGGACAUGUGGCUGGACCAGUGCUUCAUGAACAUUGGCCAUGUGAAGCGAGUGUUUGUGCAGAACCUCCUCGUCGAGGAGAACUGUGCAAAGUGGCCGGGCUGGCAAUCUUGCCCUUCGCAGGGCAUAGUUGCCUACCAUCCCUUUAAGCAGGCUCCAGCAUACAUAGCCUGCACAGCCACUGGUAUUACCACUUCGACCACGAUGAGCACCACCACGAUGACGCUGACGACUAUGACAAGCACAACCAUUACGCACACUGCCCUGACUGAAGAAAGGCGGAAGAAGAAGGAGCUGCAAGCAGAUCUUACUGCAAAGAAGGCCGAGGUGGAGAGCCAUGGCCUUAGGCUCCGCAGCGAAGGCAGGGACAGGGAGGGCUUGCGGCUGCAGUUUUCAUGA